CACUGAACUAAAAGAAAGGCCAAAAAUGACACUUUGUGCAAUAAGAAAACCCUAAACAAGAAAGAGAGAGAGAGCAAUCACAUAGAUUACAUGAUAGACAAACAGACAUAGAUAACAUAGAUACAGACAUAGAGAAAGCAGGUGGAUAAAAGAUCAAAUUAGAAUUCAAUUCAAUUAAAAGAGAUUCAAGUCAACCCAACAUCUGGAAGCAUGGGGUCCCCCUUUUCUGCUCAGGAGCUCAAGCUGUGUGAUCCUGUCCCCCAUCAAAACCAUCUUUCCAAGCAGCCUCCAUGUUUCCAGUGCCUUUUCCCCCACUUGGAACUGAACUCAGAAGGACAUUUCUUCCAACAGUUUAAUCAAUAACACGGAUGUAGUAGCAUAAGCAAUUCAUAAUAAAAGCAAAUAGCCACAACUGAUUCAUAUACUCCUUCGGUCCUUUAUAAUAAAGGGUGUAUGUAGUCUUAGCAGUGGGGCCACCUCUUUUAUCCAACUUUUUCUGCAAUUCCUCGUCUAGCUGGCACCGGUGGAAGGUUGCAGAUUGCUUCAGAGAUGCCCGACCAGUUUUUCCCCUGGAGCAAAAUGCCUGCGUGACAUACUGUGUCCUUCACACCUUAGGGAAAAAACCCUCCACCUCCUUCUCUGGACAGUUUCCAAGGUGGAAAGAGAGGACAUUUGCAUGGUGUCCGAGUCCUCGAGACGUUUGCUUCAGCUCUUGUGAGUUUUUAGCUGAGUUUUCUCAUUUUACCUGAGUGGGAUUAACUUCCUUGCAGCUCCUGUAAAGAGGUGGGGGCUUAAAGUCAAUUGGCUUUCCAUGAAUCCAGAAGAGGACAUUCUCUGAAAAAAUAAUCAACAACAGAAUUCCAACUACCUGUUGAAUUUUCAAGAAGGUAGGACUCCUGGUAUUGUAGCACACCAGCUGGCUUCGCCUUCAGACAGAUAGGCGGUGAUUGACAGAAAACAGGCCAGGCAGAUGAGACCAGGAUGGCUUGUGUCACUUUGACAAUAAGGUGCAACGUCUCAGCUGCUAGGAUCCUGCGGUCCCUCUGCCUCUUUUCUUCCAGAAGCUUCAGCAAAGCCAAAAUCCCUUUGGCGGCUCAGAAUUUCACAGACUACAAAUCCAUUUGCGAACAGUAUAAGCCGGAGGUGCCGGAAUAUUUCAAUUUUGCCAAAGAUGUGGUGGACAGCUGGGCCCAGGCAGAAAAGGAAGGAAGGCGGCCCCCCAGCCCUGCUCUUUGGUGGGUCGGUGAGCAAGGGACCCAAGUGAAGUGGAGUUUUGCGGAGCUGGCCUUGGAAUCCCAAAAAGCCGCCACGGUGCUCUCCGAGCAGGGGGGCCUGCGGGAAGGAGACAGAGUGGUGGUGAUUCUUCCGCGUGUUCCCGAAUGGUGGCUCCUGAACCUGGCUUGUAUCCGUACAGGAGCUGUGCUGAUUCCUGGAACCACACAGCUGACAGCGAAAGAUCUCCACCACCGCUUAGAGGCUUCCAAAGCCAAGUGUAUCAUCACGGACUCUUCCCUGGCUCCUGCGGUGGACAUGGUGGCUUCCAAAUGCCCAUCCCUGGAGGUGAAGUUCACGGUGUCCAAGGAACCCAGAAAAGGCUGGAUGAGCUUCAGCAAUAUGUUGGAGCUUGCGUCUCCAGAGCACACUUGUGUGGCCACGAAAAGCAGUGAUCUGAUGGCCAUAUAUUUCACUAGCGGUACGACGGGAGCUCCGAAAAUGACCGAGCAUUCCCACGCGAGCCAUGGAAUUGGACUUGACUUCACUGGAAGGUAUUGGCUUGAUUUGACUUCCUCCGACCUGAUGUGGAACACUUCAGACACGGGCUGGGCGAAAUCUGCAUGGAGUAGCGUUUUUGCCCCCUGGAGCCAAGGGGCAGGCAUAUUUAUCCAUCACAUGCCACGUUUUGAUUCUAAACUUGUCCUUGAAAUGUUGUCCAGGUUUCCCAUCACUACCUUCUGUUCCGCGCCAACUGUGUAUCGGAUGCUCGUCCAACAUAACAUAAGCAGUUAUAAAUUCCAGAACCUCAAACAUUGCCUGAGUGCGGGAGAAGCGAUCAAUCCCGAAGUGAUGGACCAGUGGAAAAGAGAAACCGGCCUGGACAUCUACGAAGGAUACGGGCAGACGGAAACGGUAAGUGCUGGUUGUGGAACUUUCAAGGGGAUGAAAAUCAAGCCAGGCUCCGUGGGGACCACACCCAACUAUGAUACUCAGGUAAUAGACGAAAACGGCAACGUUUUACCUCCUGGGAAAGAAGGAGACGUCGCUCUCCGCAUUAAACCAACAAGACCAUUCUCCCUCUUCACUCGAUAUACCGAUGAUCAAGAAAGAACAGCUUCGACCCUCCGGGACUUCUACGUCACCGGGGACCGAGGAUUUCAAGACGAGGACGGUUACCUCUGGCUGGUAGGGAGAAGAGACGACAUCAUCAAUUCUGCCGGAUACCGCAUUGGACCGUUUGAAGUGGAGAAUGCUUUGAUAGAACACGAUGCAGUGGUCGAAGCAGCCGUGGUCAGCAGCCCGGACCCCCUCCGUGGCGAGGUGGUGAAAGCCUUCGUAGUUUUAGCCCCGGAAUCUUCCCAUGACCAAGAAGCCUUGAUCAAGGAACUACAGGACUACGUCAAGACGGUCACUGCCCCAUACAAGUAUCCUAGAAAGAUGGAGUUUCGUUCCACAGUUGCCAAAGACAAUCAGUGGGAAAAUCCGAAGAAACGAAUUGCGCAAGAAAGAAUGGGGAGAAGUGUAGAAUCCCUCCGCCUGUUUUACUUUCCAAGCAAAGCAGCCGUUCCGGGAAUAAAGUGUGUGUGCCGUUAACUCUCCCAAUUUAGAAAUUGAGAGUCCUGAAAAUGCACAGAUGCGGUCCCUUCCGUGGGCUCUUUUGUCAAACAAGCUCUCCGCUGCUUACUUAUCGCCGGUUUAUACAAAACCCCAAUGUAGCUGGCCAGGUUAAGCAACGAUUUUUUCAGUGAAAAAGAACACCGAGUAACCUGGACAAAGAUCCAAACAAAUCGUAUCUGUCCUAGCCCAGAUGUUAUUGGCAUCAUCAACCUACAGAGAGCUGCAAUGACCAGGCCAGAUAUGUAACAAUACAUAAAUCCAAACAUUCUUUCCAAUCCCUAAAGGACAAAACUUGAUAUAAGAACACCGGGACAUUUUGACG